AUGGAAUCUUUAACAUCAUAUACAAUACCUAUUGAUACUUAUCUAGUUCAUCAAACAGAACCUGAUCAUGUUUAUUUUUUACACGUAGAUGAAACCAAUGACAAAACAUUUGUUAUUAAAGGAAUUAGAUGUCUUUCUUAUCGUUAUACAAGUAGCCAUUGUACAAAAAAUUUUCAAAGUAAAUACUUAAAUAUUCAAUAUCUAAUGUUUUCAACUCUAUAUAUAUUAAAAAUGACUGAUGACUAUUCAUCUUUCCAACAACUUCUUCGUAAUUUAUCUUUUCGAAUGUUAAAUAAUAAAAAUGAAUAUAAUUUAACAUAUAUUAUUUCAAAUUAUAAUAUAUAUGAUAAGAUUGACAAACCAAAAGAUCCCCAUGAAAGGUCAUUAUCAACAACAACUCUUAUUGGAAUUAUUUUUCUUGGUGUAUGUUUUGUAUUUAUAUUUGGUUUUAUUAUUGUAUGGUAUGCUAUAUUCCAAUGUCGACGAUUUACACAAAAUCGAAUAGAAAAAAAUCAUCGUAUAGCACUUGCAAAAUCAGCACAACAAAUGCUUGAUAAAUCACCAAUUAUUCUAUUUGAUUCAAAUAGUGAAGAUAAUGAUUUUACUGAUAAAGAUCCAAUGUGUGCUAUUUGUUUGGAAACAUUUAAAAAUAAAGAAAAAAUUCGAAAACUUGAUGUCUGUUCACAUUAUUUUCAUGUAACAUGUAUUGAUCCAUGGUUAUUAUCGCAUCAAAGUUGUCCACUUUGUAAUCGAAAUAUUUUAGAUGAUUCAAUACCUUCAAUUUCAUCAAAUAUUAUGAAUGCUGAAAAUCAACAAAAUAAUAAUGCAACAACAGCAAUAAUCAAUAAUGAUAAUAAUCAAACAAUUUAA